UAUAGUCGUCUGAUACUUACUUCUAGAUCGGAAUCGAUUUGCGGCUCGUGGAUCGUAUUUCUGAUCAAGCAGAGCAGUUAGAAGCGUGGAUUUGACACUCGUACAACACAGCGUUCGCUGUGCAAUGAUCGAGAGGAGUAUUGCUGAAGAGUUCGUCAACGAUGCAUCAAGCUGAGUUCGAGCGUCGUUGGGCCGCGCUUCACCACCACUCGACAGUCCGCGUCUGUGAUGGUGCGCCGACGCAGGAAAGAUCCAGCCGAGCAGGCUACGCAGCCCUGCCAUGGUACAGACAUAUAGCACCUAGACUUCCUCUGCCCCCACCUUUGGCAUUCACCGAAACACGACGGCUUGCCUCACUCCAUGACUGGCAUGUGGGCUACCCCAACGUCGUACCUAGACCCUUACCCGGCACAGAAGUCCAAUUUCGAGCCGAACACCCACGCUUCAAUCACUCGUGGACACCACAACCCUACACUGCUCCACACCAGAACGUCCAAGUCGCCUUCAAGCCAUUAGACACCAGCCCUGUCAAGCAGACGCCGCAGCGAGCACAUACGGCUGCUGUCGAAUGCUCUGUCGACCACGGCAGUUCGCCGUGUUCUCUGUUGGAAUGUCAUACAAGCUCUGAUGAAGCCGAGCCGUUCGAUAGCAAUCAAGAGUCAGAAAGAUUGAUCAAGAUCCAUAACCUUGCUGAAGAAAUUGUGGCGAAAAAUGCAAAUACUGAAACAGAUCAGGAGGACAUAGAGUCAAAGCCGAUCAACGUGCCACGAAGAAGAAAACAGAAGUCCCCAAGAAAGAGCGCUGUAGCUAAUGAUCCAGAUUUUCGAGGAGCUGUGCUGGGCAUGAAAUUCAAAGUAGUCAGUGGAGAACCGAGACUAUCGCUAGAGCAUCAUUUUAUUAACCUGACGCGGAGACGUGUUCUGCGUCCGAGAUUACGGUACUUUUCUGGCGACUUCAGUGAUUCAGAUGACGAGUAUGGAAUCAAGCUGCCCGCGGGCUCGUCAGGAAAGCAAUGUGCCUCCUGCUCAACCAAGGUAACACCGCUGUGGAGAGACGCUGAGGACGGCACGCCGUUAUGCAACGCUUGCGGGAUCAGGUACAAAAAGUACAAAGUCCGAUGCACUCGUUGCUGGCACAUUCCAAGGAAGACUGAGAACACAGGGGUGCGGUGUAAGGUGUGUGGAGCAUCGUACCGCUACCCAGUAUUCAGAAAAUCUUCUUUGCCAUGCUGACGAGCGGCGAGUCGUCGAAUAAACUCUUAAUCUAAUCCAUAGUUUCUUUCCCAUAACUCUGUUUCUGUUUCAUCGUUCAUUGUUACAGUUUUUAUUUCAUUGUUAAUACGUUCAACAUAUUUGCAAUAAUAAAUGUAUUUGGCGUUACA